AUGGAGGUCCGAGGGGUGGCAGCAGGAUUUGGGACUGCCACCUCUGAAGCCAGAGGGUUGGCAGCAGGAUUGGUCACCCCCGCGGUCGAGGCCAAAGGGAUAGCUGCAAGCUUGGUGACUGGGGCAGCCGCCGCAGUGGAGGUGAAAGCCUCGCAGUACCUCCGGCAGCCUAAGAUCAAACACAUGGACGACAUGGUGACGCCCAUGCUGGUGGCCUGUAGGCUGGAGAAGGCGAGAGAGAAGGAGGUGCGAGAGAGGGAGCAGAGAGAGAGGGAGAGAGAUAUUGUGUUAAUGGAGCCAGCGCCCGUGAUGCCGGUGAUGGCCGAGGUGGUGCUCCAGGAGAUGGGGAGGGAGGUGAUGGGAAGGGAGAGGCUGAACAGCGAGCCCAGCAGCAGAGACCACCGGGCGGGGAGCAGCCGGUCGGAGCCCCAGCAGAGAGACAGGGACAGAGACAGUAGGGACAGUAGGGACAGUCACAGGGAAGCCAGGCUGGAGCGCCAGCACUCUAGUGAGGCGCUGAUGAUCCAGGCGCGGCGGGAUGAGCUGCCCCAGGAGGUGUGGCGGGAACGGGCCGAGCGCAAAGAGAGGAAGCUGGAAAGGCAGACGUCCAGCGAGCAGGAGGGCCACGGACACGAGGGCCGGAGGAAAGACCGCCACCGGACAGAAAGACAGGAGUCCAGUGAACACGACACAGCCAAGGAGCAGUCAGACAGACGUUCUACGGAGAAAAAGUCAGGUGGCCAGACCUUGUUUGAUAUAGUGGAGCAGCUAAAAGAGAGAGAGGCAGCAACGGCACGAGGGGUCUCUAAAGUGCCGAACGGCGUGCCAGAGAAGUCUUCCGGACGUCCAGACCGGCCGCGAGCAAGGGAUCGUCCUAAGCCCCGGCGGAGACCCCGGCCCAAGGACCCAUCUGCAGGAGAGGCCACCACCCGGCGGUCGCGCUCGGCGCCGGAGCCAGGGGUGGCUCAGGGCGUGAGCCCUUCGGUCCCCCAGCCUCCCAGCCACACAGCCCACCACGAGGGCUUCCUCUUCCGCAAGCUGGACAUCGAGACCAUGAGGAAGAGCUCUAACAGCAGAUCCUGGGUCAACCUGUACUGUGUGCUGAACAAAGGAGAGAUAGGCUUCUAUAAGGACGCUAAGAACACCGCCACACCUUACAACAACGAGCCCAUGCUCAACCUCGGCCACUGCCACUGCGACGUCACCCUUGGAUACAAGAAGAAGAAAAACGUCUUUACUCUUAAAACGAAAGACGGAAGUGAAUUUCUGUUCCACGCAAAGGAUGAGGAUGAUCUAAAGGCCUGGACCACCAACAUCAACAAGAGCAUCGCAGAGCAUGAGGAGAUUGCCAAAUGGGGUCAGCCCCAGCCUACUACCUCAUCCACGGACGAGGGCACGCGCCGCGACGGCAGCAAGGCCGAUAACAAGUCUGACAGGGGGGAAAGGCCGGAGAGAGCCGAGCGCUCUGAGAGGUCGGAUAAGGGUGAGACCAAAUCGGAUACCAAGCGUUCAGAAAAGUCCAGCAAGAAGAAAUGAGUUUGAUGUUGUGCGGUGGGGGAAAGGGAGAGGGGUAUAAAAGACUCCCAGUCAAGACCCAACCCUUUCCUCUCAUCUGUCUGCGAUAGUUCUGUUUAGUGUCGAAAAAGACAGGAAAAUCACCCUGGUGAACUGACAUGAGGGAUUUGAAGCACGAAUAUCAGUGUGCCCCUCCUCGUUGCCCUCUCUCUUUAUCUCUGUUGCUCUGAGGGUGUCAGACCUGGUCACUAACACUUAUUGCCUGGCUCGUUCCACCUCUGUCCUCUAGUGGUGACACCGGUGCACUGCAGAAAGCAGAUCCUCCUCGUCAGGGCAGCAAUGUGAGAGAGAUGGACACUCAUGUAACAAGAGGGUUGUCACUGGUAGUAUGAAAAAGUAGCUCCUAACGUUUUACGUUUUAUUUUUUUGUAAGAGAUGAGCUGUAUCUGUAUGUAACUCUUGUCUGUCUAUUUAUGUAUUGUAUGUCUAUGAACAUCCAAUUGUAUACUCCCAAACAAAAGAGAAUGAAAUAUGCCUAAAUGUUUGACACAACUGGCCUCUUUUUGGAGAACAAUUAUUUUCUGUUUCCUUUUUUAUAUUUCUGCUCGUUCACUCUGCCAUCAUUCUUUUCUGGACUCUCUUUUCUCACUUUGACUUUCUUCAGUACAAAACUGUAAUAUCAUCAAACUCAUCCAAAUUGAAUUUGUACAAUUCAACAUUGAGCCAGGAGAAAGAGAAGAGGCAGGUAACAACAGUCUUCACAAAGCUUGUUCUGGCUUUUGAAUGGAUGACCUGGAACCUUUACCCGGAGGCUAGGCUGGCCCCCACGGCCAUACUCAGCUAUGCCUUCAUCUGGGGCCCCCGAGAGGCCCCCAGGGACCCAGCAGCCAUAGCCACCCAGCACCAGAGGGAUAGGACUGGAAGCCAUCUCACAAGACCAAAUCCUCCCCCUUUCUUCUCAAAGACUAUCAGAUGGUGGUAAUCGCACUCCACAUACCCAGUCAACAUUAUUUUUGUCCAUUCAGAAAAUAUCACAAUGCUUUUUAUAGACAGUCAAAGAGAAAUUAAGUUGUGUGUGUGUGUGUGUGUGUGUGUGUGUGUGUGUGUGUGUGUGUGUGUGUGUGUGUGUGUGUGUGUGUGUGUGUGUGUGUGUGUGUGUGUCUGUUCAGCUGCUCACCACUCCCAGGGUUUUCAUAGCUCAGGUUUUUUUGUUCACAUCUGCGUCCUCAGUUCUCCCUCAGUCUUCCAGGCACUGCCGUUCCACAGGCCAGGCUUCUAACAGCUCAACUAACCACAGGAGUUGAUGAGGACACAGCAAGGAUCUAAGUUCAGGGGCCACACAGAAGUAAUACGGUGCCGAUUGGUCACUCCAAGGCCUCAGGAGUGCAAGUCGAUGUCAGAUGGAUGUAAACAAAAGCUUCUGGAUGAUUGAAUCACAUGCAUGUCUUGCUUGGGAUAAAUCUCUUGUUCCUCUCACAGUAUGUAGCUAUCAGCAACGAUGUUCACUUUGUUCCUCUCCAUGCAUCAUACAAUAAAAUUGUCUGUUUGUCUUAGCACUGCAAAGCCAUAUUUGGUAACGGGAAGUCUUACAUUAUGGAAGCUAGUGGACAAAUCCUUUGCCUGUUACUUACAUCAGAGAUUUGUACAGAAGUGAGGAGUGACUGCGACGAGAUAGUACAGUGCAAAUAUCAUGAGCUCUUUCCCGAGUAGCUUUUUCUACCUUGUUUUUUUAAAACACAUUUUAUGCAUCUAUAUAGGCGUUGAAUGCCAAAUCAGUGCAAUCCAUAACGCUUGUUGGACACAACAAGGCAAGGAUCAGCAGAACUUAUUUUUGAAUGAACAUAACUAUCACACGGAAUGUGAAAUACAGUACAAUACAUGACAUAGGACACACUCAGAUAGGGCACUGUGGACAUCUAUGAGAUUCUGUGGUGAAUUUUGAGACUGCGUGGCAUACAGUACAAUUAGCAUAGUGUAGUGGGGAGGAUUCUAGCAAUAAACUGCUAGUCUGCUGAAUUCUUGCAUUCAGGAGUUUCACUGUGCAGUAUUCACUACUAUCUGUUGUUAAGUCUACUCUAAUCUUGCCUGGGCAGCUCGUAUGGAGGAUGGUCUCAUUCCAAAAACAAUAUGCUCAAUAAAAACGAGUUGGUCUCAAAUUGAUGUACGUAACUGUCUGAAACACUAAUUUGGAUGUCUCCGAAUGGUAACUUUGUUUGGAAAUGUUGCUUACCAUUGCGUUCUCUGUGUACUCCUGUCACAGAUCUCCUAUUUGUAUGCCAUAGUCUCACUCUAAACAGAUGGUAUGCGGUCCAAGUAUUAUGGUGGCCUCGGGAGGUGGCCAGGAACUCAUUGUUGAUGCGAAACGAGAAUUUAUAUGCAACUUUUCCUUUGCACUAAAACGCUCCCCCAUUGCACAGUGCUAUUGCUUGAAGAGCAGUGGUGCUUCAGGGUCCUAGAGGGAAAUGUGUUUAUUGGAUUACAGGAGAAUGAGGUUUGAAUUAUUUUCAUGAAUGAACAUGGAGAACACCAGCCUGAAAAGUGUGAGCGUAUCAUGUUCAACCGUGAUAUGAGAUUUCAUAUGGCUGUUUCUCUUGUCUUGCUUGUUACACUUUACUAACAGCUGGACUUCCAGCUACAGAGCAUGAAGUACGAUCACAUCCUAAAGCCAAACAUGCCUAUACAAUUAUUCAUGCUAAGGUUUCAUUCAGUAGCUAUCUGGAUAAAUGACCAGUAGUCAUUUUUCCAAAUGUUGGCCAACCCGUCUGUUGUCAUGGCCAAGGGCCCGAUCCAUGUUAUCCUGUACUUUUCUGUCGCACAGAGGGCAAUUUGAGCUUAUAGACUUUCAAAUUACAAACCAGCUGGAUGUUGUUAAUGACUAGAAAGCACAAUUUUAUAACCUGCAGUUGAUGCACACAAGCAUUAGCGUGUCACAGGGAGACUUGUGAGAGGAAUCUCAUUAUUGAUACAAUGCUUCUGUAUUAGCUGUGCAGUCAUGAUGUUUCAGUUAUGUUAGAACAUUGCGUAACUGGGCAUCUGUAAUGUGUGAUGUGCGUUAAGUCCUGGAGUGCUUCCUUCAUGAAAGCAUUCACACCGCAACCGUUACAAAUCAAUAGUCUAAUGCCGUUAUAAACUCAAAUCCGUAUUUUCUAGAAUACGUUCUUUUUUUCAUUUCAGGGAAUAAUGAUUUCGUUGCUGUUUUCAUCCAGGAUGUUCUAUUGCUAGUUGUUUAACUAAGUCAAUGCUCAACACCUACUGUUCAUUUCCUGACCUUUGACCCUAGAGCACCACUGUUUUUAGGGAACUACUGAAUGGAUGUUUUGCAAAUUUCAACAGCUUGAUGACCUGUACAAUAUGUAAUUGCUUAAUGUAUUUUUUGUAAAGAAAGAAUUACGUUAGUUUUUUUUUUGCUGUGAAUAGGAAAAAAUGACAACAUCAAUGGAAAACAUCACAAUAUCAGGACACAGAAGUUGCAUGAAUUACAUAGUCGCUAUUAUGAUACUGCGCUGCAUGUUUUGAAGUCUCAUCCCGUCGCUAUACAAUCACUGUACAAUAAUGGGGUGACACACUUACGUACAUGGAAAAGGUGAAUGAAUGAAUAAUAAUGUAUAAAACAGAUCCAACUUAAAACCA